UUUUUCAGUGGACGGCCCAAGAUCUAUACCAAGACGUGGUAUACGAUCAAGGUUACUGCAAUUCGGUUCUAAUUAUGGGUACAUUUUUACUAUAGUCAGCUAUCUAAUUGGAGUAUUUAUAUUUGCAACAAUUGUCGGUCAAGUUGGAAAUGUGAUAACUAAUCGCAAUGCUAAUCGCCUAGAAUUUGAGCGGUUAUUGGAUGGAGCAAAGACAUACAUGCGCCACCAUAAGGUUCCAGGUGGAAUGAAACGGCGGGUACUUCGCUGGUACGACUACAGCUGGUCUAGAGGUCGUAUUCAAGGAGGAGGUGACAUAAACACAGCUUUAGGCCUAUUGCCAGAUAAGCUAAAAACAGAACUAGCAUUACAUGUUAACCUGAGUGUCUUAAAAAAAGUCACCAUAUUUCAAGAGUGCCAACCAGAAUUUUUACAUGAUUUAGUUUUGAAAAUGAAAGCAUACAUUUUUACACCUGGAGAUUCCAUUUGUCGGAAAGGCGAAGUGGCGAGAGAAAUGUUUAUAAUAGCUGAUGGCAUAUUAGAAGUACUUAGUGAAACAGGAAAAGUAUUGACAACAAUGAAGGCUGGGGACUUUUUUGGCGAAAUUGGAAUUUUAAACUUGGAUGGCCUUAAUAAGCGCACUGCUGAUGUUAGAUCUGUGGGUUACUCGGAGCUGUUUUCACUAUCUAGGGAAGAUGUACUUGCCGCUAUGAAAGACUACCCAGAAGCACAAGAAAUUUUGCAAACUCUAGGUCGGAAGCGGCUCAUGGAAGUUCGGUGUGUAAAUAAGAAGUACGGGAAAGCACAAAGCACAAAAGAUCAAUCGGAACAAAAUGUAUAUAGCAAUAUUAAUCGAAGCGAUAGCAGCGAAAACAGUGCCUCAAAAAAAAUUGUGUACAAACUAAGAAACGAUGUGAAAGGAAUUCGGAGCAUGCUCAAAAAUACAAGGACUAACAGAAGAAGUGACGAAUCUUUAGAAAUGCAACCGCUACAUGAAAUUUCGAACAAAGGGAACAAAACAACUUUGAGGAGAAUGUCACAUGUGCGGUCGGAAGACAAGGAGGAAAUGAAAGAAAGAGCAUCUCACGAUAAAACACCGAGUCCUAUUGGAGCUGGACUACCUUUACUACAAAGGCUACGGUUACUCAAAGAGAAGCAAGAUCGGGAGGAGAAGGCGGCCAAGUCAACUAUACAACAUCAGAUUUCCCCGCGUCAAGGUCAUGUCGCUAGUGCAUUAUCUCCACAGGAAUCAAUUCAAGAAGAACCCGAGACUGAAGUUAACGAGGUCCCACCGUUAAUGCAAAGAUUGCAGCUGCUUAAGAAUAAGCAAGAAAUGAAUUGUAGCGAAACAAAAUCUGGACUGAAAUCUAAUCCGGCUGUAUCUCUGAAGCAGAAGAUUCAAAUGCUUCAAAUUGGUGGAUUUGCGAAGCCAGAUUCCUUGGAACACCAACCAAAUAACGACAAAUUAAUUGUGGAAAACGUAUGUCAAUCAGAUUCGUUGCAUGCACGCGGAGAGCGAAAGCACGUCCGAAGCAACCAAGACGAUAUAGAUGAAUCGUAUAAAGCGGUAUCAGGAAAGUCAUUCAAACCGUCCAUAUACACCUCAUCGGAGCGCUCAUAUAGUGAUUUAUCUACUAAACCAUGGUCUAAGCUAAAGUUAGCUACUUUAUUGUCAACAAGCUCUAACAAUUUAGCAAAAUUUUCCCCAGGAGACUCCGACUUAGAAGUAAAAACCUUUUCUUCGAAGAAAUUGAUUCAAAUACCAGCAUUUUCUUCAACCCCUACAAGGGACCUGAAAUCCACAACAGCCGCAAGUCUUGAUCCCAAUUCUCUAUUCAAUAAAAGUUUAGAAAACUUACGGGAGCACAAUAGAGCAAUCUCUGCAAAGAAAACCAGGGAUUGUAAAAAAUUGUAUCACUCUGUUUUCGACUUAUCGCCCGAGUAUAGUGGAUUGCCAUUUGUAAAACAGUUGAAAAUUUUAAAUGAACGCCAAAAAUUGGCCGACCUUGAAAAGGCUCUUCAAAUACGAAGUUCUAGUUUGGAUAGUUCUAAAACGAGCAAACAAAUAGCUGCAGCGAAGCCGUUAUAUCGGUGUCUGAGUGACGCUUCUGAUAUUUACUCGCAGUUUUUUUCAGAACAUGAGUCUAGUUCAUCCAUUUCUACGAAUACAUCUAUGUCCACUACCUGCAAUCACAAGGCAGAAAAUUACAUACCCCCCGCAUAUUUGCCUCUUAGUCCAGAGCUUAGUGAAACCGUUGAACGUCGCAAAGUAAAAAAUAUUUUACAAAGGCUGCAUCACAGUACAGAAGAAUGCAGAAAUAGGCGAGAAGAAGAAUCAACAGGAAUGGAGAAUAAUUUACUAAGAGAACCUACUCAAGAAGGGCCAUCCAAAGGAGCUUUAAGAAUAAUCCCAGACGAAAGCUAUAAAAGCGGGCGAACGUCUUGUGAAGAGCGAAAAAAAUCCCUUUACGCUUCUUUAUUACCUUUAUAUACGACUUCCGAUUUCAAUCAGAAUUCAGAAAAUGGAGUCUAUAUUGAUCCUCUUAUAAAAUCUGGGCCAACACAAAUUUUGAAUUCUUCCAACAGCAAUCAACGCACAAAAAGGCAGCUGAAAAUAGCUGGGGAGUUGUCAACAAAACAAGAUACACAUACGCAAAUUGAGAUCGAACAUUACCAGCAAUUUGGAGAAUGAAAGAUGAAAUGAUCUUUACCGAUAUGAUGGAGCAUAUGCAAACUUCAAUUCAAACAAGGAAAGAAUGAAAAUGUUUUUGAUUUGUCGCAAAUUAUUUUAA